AUGAGCAAACACGCAGGAAUUAUUCAUCACUCUCCGGACCAAGGCAUUCUGCAUUUGCCGCUUCAAGAGGUCGAUGUGAGAGUAUGGAUGGUCGAUAUCUCUGCGAGGGUUGUGCUCUCGCAAGUGUUUGAGAACGUAUCAGAUAGCCCUACCAGCCGGGCCAAAUAUGUAUUCCCUCUUCCAGCGAGCGCUGCUGCUUGUGCCUUUGAGCUCGAGCAUGCCGAUGGCCGCGUUAUUGUCAGUGUCGCUAAGGAAAAGUCAGAAGCCGCACAAGCUUCCCUGAGUGCAAUAGAUGCUGGAAGGACUGCCGGACUUGUAGAAUGGGUGACACACGACAUAUUCACGAUCUCAAUUGGCUCGAUUUCCGCUCGACAGAAGGUCACAGCAAGAUUGACAGUAAGUGCACUCUCGUUAUUGAAUACUUUUUCUGAAGAGCAAACACUUCCGAUGGCUAUUGCCGAACGAUACGGCGAGAUUCCAGCAGCUAUGCUCGAUGCCUCUACAACUAAUGAAGAUACGUUCAUCAAAAUUGCUGCGGACGUCAUAACCAGUGAAAAGAUACAGGAGAUAUGCAGUCCUACUCACCCGACGAUUGCUCGCAAACACUACAAGUCACGCAUUGGGAAAAAGUCUGAACGACGAAUGUUCGUAACUUGGUCGUCCAGGACGGUCCUCGACAAAGACUUCAUAUUGACAGUCCAUGCUCUUGGAUUCGACAAGCCUCGGUGUUUCGCUGAAGUCGAUCCACAGGGUCGUGAUACCAUUGCUAUGCGAGCGGAUGCCAUUUAUUAG